GCGGGGAGCACGGCCCCGGGCUGGGCGGCCAUGACACCGCCUCGCGCAUGCGCGGCAGCGGCAUUCCCCCCCCCCCCCACCCUCGACUGCCGGCGAAAUGGCGGAAGAGGAGCCGAGGCGGCGGAUCCCGCUGGUGCCGGAGAACUUGCUGAAGAAGAGGAAGGCCUACCAGGCCAUCAAGGCCACCCAGGCCAAGCAGGCGCUCCUCAACAAGCGGAAGCACCAGAAGGGGAAACAAAUCCAGUUUAAACGCCUUGAGGCUUUUGUUCGAGAUUCAUGGCGCAAACACCGAGAUGACAUCCGGCUGAGGCGCAUGGAGCAGAGACCUGGACAGACGCCUGUACCUCAGGAGCACAAACUAGCCUUUGUUGUGCGGAUUGUAGAUAUUAAGGGAGUGAGUAGGAGGGUAAGAAGAGUGAUCGAGUUGCUGCGGCUGAGAAAAAAUUUCACUGGAACAUUUGUUAAACUGACUCCUUUAUCGCUGAAGAUGCUGCGGAUUGUGGAACCUUAUGUGGCGUGGGGACACCCUAACCUGAAAUCUGUACGAGAGCUCAUCCUGAAACGGGGUCAAGCCAAGAUAAAGAAAAAGAGAAUGCCUCUGACAGACAAUAUGCUGAUAGAGGAGCAUUUAGGGAACUAUGGUAUUAUUUGCCUGGAAGACCUUAUUCAUGAAAUCUACUCAGCUGGGAAGUAUUUCAAACAAGUCACAAACUUUCUAUGGCCAUUCCAUCUGUCAGUGGCUCGCCAUGCUUCACGUAACAAAGUGGGUUUCCUGAAGGAAAUGGGUAAGCCUGGCUGCAGAGGUGAAGCAAUCAACCAGCUUAUACGUCAGCUGAACUAGUCAGGGUCUUUGUGAAAACUUCAGGAUUUAUAACCUGUUCCUUUUUGCAUAUAGUUUUCAUGGACAUUAUCUCUAUGCAAUGAUAUACUCUAUCUCUUGACUGUUGGUGCCUCUAUAAAAAAAGAAAAAAUAUACAGACUUGGAGAUGGACUUGGAGCUGGUCCUUCUUAAAGAAGAUGAUAAAUUGUAUUUGGUACAAGAAAGAAGUGACUUGAACUCCCUGGAGCAGUCUGGCUUCUGUACCUCUGUAAAAUAAGGGUGGUUUUUAUACUCACUACUGCUGGCUCUGUACAAGUCGCCUCCUGAUCUCACCUUUGGUAUGAAGCAGUGGUUGUCAGUUCCUUAUUUAAAUUUCUGUUACAGUUGACUUGCACUCACUGCUUUGAUCCAGUCCUCCUCAGGGGCAGUGCUUGAAGGUGCACCUCCUAGGUGUAAAGGGGUAGCGCAGUCACCUGUUUAAGAAAAUUGCAGACAGGCAGAAGAAAACACUAGGUAUUCCUCUGUUACUGCAGUGCAAGCCCUAGCAGUGAAUAAUGUAAUGUUUUUUGGAAGUACCUAGAUUGUAUGUGUUUUAAAAAGCUGUGAUUUUGUGCUGCUGAUUUACAGAAGGCUGCCUUUUCAAUUCUGCUAGAUUGGGACUGCUGGAGAGAACUAUUUCCUGAUAGGAAAGCCCAGAAACUUUGUAAUAUAGUGGUGGAGUACAUGUAAUCAAUGUUUUUUAAAUAAACUUUUGAAAUUA